AUGCCCUUCCACACAGUCCUGCGCCUGGUCCUGCUGAUGCUGUGCACCAUCCUGGUCCCUGCUGUGCUGGCAGACAAAGAAGGGAAGGGCCCACAGCCAUCCCUCUGGAACGAGCCCCCCGAGUUGCCCUCCGGAGCCGGCCCCCUGGACGCGGCCACCAGCACCGCGCGGCUGCCGGACGCCAGCGCCUUCCCCCCGCACACCCCCGAGCUGGAGCCCGAGCACACGACCCACCUGCACCGUCUGGACGCCGGGGACGGCUCGCUGGGGCCUGGAGCUAUUGGUGCCAUUGUCAUCGCCUCUCUCCUGGGCACAUCUGUGCUUGUGGCUUUGGUCGUCAUCACACUGAGAAAGUUCUCGGCCUCCUGA